GCGGGGCGCGCGGCGGCGGCACCGGGCGGCGAUGGCGGCCGACGGGGACUGGCAGGAUUUCUAUGAGUUCCAGGAGCCGGCCCGGAGCCUCCUGGACCAGGAGAACUGUAACGCGAGCGGCGGCAGCGGGGCGGGGGCGGGCGCGGGCGGCGACGGCUUCCCGGCGCUGGCCUGCAGCCUGCAGGAGAAGCUGAGCCUGUGUUUCCGCCCCCCCGGCGCGGGCGCGGAGCCCCCGCGGGCGGCCGUGCGGCCCAUCACGGAGCGCAGCCUCCUGCAGGGGGACGAGAUUUGGAAUGCUCUGACAGAUAAUUAUGGAAAUGUAAUGCCAGUAGACUGGAAAUCGUCCCAUACUAGAACCUUGCAUUUGCUUACUCUGAACCUCUCUGAGAAAGGGGUCAGUGACAGUCUGUUCUUGGAUUCGUCGGAUGAUGAGGAGCUGAGAGAGCAGCUGGACAUGCACUCCAUCAUCGUCUCCUGCGUUAACGAGGAGCCCCUCUUCACUGCCGAUCAGGUUAUUGAAGAAAUUGAAGAAAUGAUGCAGGAAUCGCCAGACCCAGAAGAUGAUGAAACCCCCUCGCAGUCAGAUCGGCUGUCAAUGCUUUCCCAGGAAAUCCAAACUCUUAAGAGGUCGAGUACAAGCAGUUACGAAGAGAGAGUGAAAAGGCUCUCCGUGUCUGAAUUAAAUGAACUACUGGAAGAAAUCGAGACAGCCAUCAAGGAGUACUCCGAGGAGCUGGUGCAGCAGUUGGCCCUGCGAGAUGAACUGGAGUUUGAAAAGGAAGUAAAAAACAGCUUUAUUUCUGUUCUGAUCGAAGUGCAAAACAAACAGAAGGAGCACAAAGAAACAGCCAAAAAGAAAAAGAAACUCAAAAAUGGCAGCUCCCAGAAUGGGAAGAACGAGCGAAGUCACAUGCCCGGCACACGCUUCAGCAUGGAAGGCAUCUCGAGUGUCAUUCAGAAUGGCCUCCGCCACACCUUUGGAAGUUCAGGUGGAGAGAAACAGUAUUUGACAACAGUCAUUCCUUAUGAGAAAAAAAAUGGACCACCGUCUGUUGAAGAUCUUCAAAUAUUAACAAAAAUUCUCCGGGCCAUGAAGGAGGACAGCGAGAAAGUCCCGAGCUUGUUAACCGAUUAUAUACUGAAGGUUCUGUGUCCCACAUAGAGCGGCGUUGCUUCCGGAGCCAUGCAGUCUUCUGUGGACUUGCGCUGGAUUUCCGUAGCAUUAUUCUCAUCAUUCUGCAAGCUGCCCACCGCGACCUUCCUGCUGUUGGAAACCCAGCACACUUGAACUUGGGUUUGUGAUUCAGUAUUACUAGAUCAUGACUUCACUGAUUCUUUGUAUUCUAGAACCAAGAGAACGAUGGCACUAUUGUGAAUUCUGGAGAUGCUUUCUGUUCAGUCUGCUAACAGUUCCGAACUGUUCUUUAGAGUGAGGGCGAGUAAUGCUAGCUGUGCGUGUGCAGUCACAUCUUUUAUUAACUGAUCAUGUGCCCAUUUGGGUUUUUAUGGCUUUCUCUGUCACACUGCACUGAAAGGCUGGACACCAGCAUUGGCAGAUUCGUACUGUAGCAAGGGCAAGAACCAGCACUGAUUUUUGUAAGAAAAUCCCAAGUAUGCGCAUUACCUGUCAGUAUUGUCUAGAAAGACUAAUUCAGCGCACUGAGGCCGAUCCUGAAGCACCCCCAGACCACGCAUUGCUUCAGUUUUAUAGUGACCGUUGACACGGUUGGGACAGAGCGGUUUUAUAGCUUGCUGCUGCUGCUCUGCCUCUCGUUUAAAAACCGUUCUAACCGUCCACUUGCCACUCAUCUUCAGACUCUUCUUGUUCUGGCUCCUGUCUGGGAAGAAGUGUACUCCCUAAGGUGCUUGAGAACCCGUGUGCGGCAGCACUGCCCGGCUCGCCGUACUCUGUUGUUUCAGUCACACCUGUGCACUUGCCUCAAGGACUAACUCGAAAGACAGCUACUCAUGCAUACGUCACUGGUCACACACACUCUGGCCAGUCAAAUCAGUGGCAUUUAAUAAAUGUAAAAAAAAAAAGUCAUGUGUACUUCAGAACCUUUUUUUUUGUGUGUGGACUUUCUCUCCUGGCAGUACAAACCAUGUACUCUUAAUUCCAUGCAGAGUCCAUCCCUAUAGUCUGUGAGCUGCAGAAACCCUGGUCAGCCCUGUGAUGCUACGGAGGGGACACAAGGAAUUUUCCAGAUUGUGCUGAGCUGCUGUGGAGUGGCAGAAGUUCUGAUUCACUUCUGGGGCUCUGAGACAUUCUGAACACUUUGAGCAGCUGCCGCCCUUAUAGAACGUGAGUGUAGCAAGAACCCUUUUACAUCUCCACGUAGGCACCUGUCGGCACACAUCCUUGGUUCCCUUAGGAGCUGAAACGCUGCCACCUUGAAGACAGUAGACUGGUUUCGAGUUUGGUGCCAGCUUGGCGUUUUAGGCAUUACCUAGUGGUAUAAGAAACUUGAGAUGGUUUUGUUAUUUUACCAGCGUCUUAUUUGACAGUGAAGAUGUGGAACUUAUUUGCCUCUUCCUCUAAAACUGAUGGCUACUUGCACAGUAAUAGUAAUCUGAAAAUAUUAGGCCUUGUACUAGAGAAAGGCAGCAUUAAAGAGCAUACAUUAUGGAAAACGGUCUCGGGAGAUAUGCUUUUUGCAGAUGGUGAGCUGUUUAUAGCGCCUUCCUGAGUUGAUGUUUCUGGGGUUUGAAUGCACACCUGUCGUUUUCCUACCACCUCAAAGGCCCCCGAGUUUGCUGAGUAAGAGCUAGGGCUUCCUCCUGGUGACCCUUCUGACCCUCAGUCUUGACACUAAUGAUGUGGUGUUUGACUUGUGACUGACACAGCAAGGUUUUCUGUCUCUGCUGUGUACGUUGGGUGGCCCCUUUUUGGCAGGUAUUCCUGCCUAGAGCAGCACAGGGACUUCUCGGGACAUGGGGGCCACUGGGCUGCUCACCUGCUGGGUCCCCGACAUGGGAGCUCUUGGAAAGUUCAAGUGUGUGAUUUGACUUGCAGGAUCUACCU